AUGGCGGAAAUAACGGUGAGGAAUAGCGUUCUGGUUAGGCCUGCCACAGAAACUCCACAGCACGAGCUGUGGCUAUCAAAUCUGGAUUUGAUAAGUGCUAUAAGGCAUAGUGUAACUGCUUACAUUUACAGGCGGCCUCCCAGUGGAGAUUUCAAUGUUGUUCAGCUUCUCAAGGAUGGGCUUUCUAAAGUUCUGGUGCACUUUUAUCCCUUAGCAGGAAGACUGAUUACUGAUGCCACCGGUCGACUUGCAGUGGAUUGUAAUGGUGAGGGAGCUCUAUUUGUGGAGGCUGCGACUCAAAUGGAGAUUGACGACCUGGCUGAUUUUUCUCCCUCGGAGCUCAAGCCCUUAGUCCCCCCUGCCGCCUACCAUGUUGGAAUUACCACAUCCCCUCUUCUUAUGAUUCAGGUUACUAGGUUUAAAUGUGGAGGAAUGUCUAUGGGGGUGGGUUUGCAUCAUAGCUUGGUAGAUGGGAUGUCAACAUUACAUUUCGUAAACACAUGUGUAAGCAAUUUCUCUGGAAACAUUAUUUCCAAUCCCAUUUGGCAAACUAGCCAAAUGAUCUAUGAUGGAAUUGUAAAGAUGGAUGACAAAUAUCUACGCUCUCAAUUAGAUUUUCUUGAGUUACAACAUGAUUUAUCAUCCUUUGAAGGGAAUGGUGUUGGUGUCAACAAUCCUGAUUUGAGGAAGGUUGGACAAGUUUGCCCCUUAAUGAUUCGGAUUUUGGUUGUGGAAAGCCCCUUUUGCUAA